AUGAAGACGUCCUUCAGCAAGCUAGCUUGUGAGAACUAUCGCAGGCUGCCCUGGGACAUGCCGAUUUCCGUCAAGUUCAGCACAGGAACGCUUAAACGCCGCCCAUCGCGGGCCUCAUUCUUCAACAAAGAAGGUAUAAGCCUUGAAUACGUCGAACCUACGGAAGUUUGUAUAGAGGCCUACCGCUCAAUCGACUCGGUGCAUUUCCGACACAAUUACAGCGAAUUCAAGAACUCCAGCUAUCUGGGUAUUCAACGGCUGGAGCGCAGACGACGAGAUCUUCUAAACACGACAUACUUUUGCGUUAACCAUCCAUCGCAUUUGCAUGAGGCACGGUCUCGGUGGAAGGAGCAGUAUGAGCAAGAGAUGGAAGAAGCCUGCCUUCGGCGAAGGGAGAAAAAGCAGACAGAUAAUUAUCCUAUUAAAUUACCAGAACAGUGCUUUGUAAAGAGGCCGAAAAGAGUUUCUGCGACGCCUGUACCAGAGAAGGUCAGUUUUCCAGUGACACCGCGAAUGAUGAUCUCUAAAAGUUUGCCAUCAACGCCCAGAACGAAGAUUAGUAUAGAGAAGUCCAUCGAACGGAUGUUUGUCAGCGCAGACCGAGCAUUGAAUAAAAUGUUUGCUACCCCGCCUCCGCCCCCGGCCAAAGACGUUGCCAAAUCUGGGGCGUUCUUACAGCAGCGUACUGCUCUUAUCCCGCCUAAAGAGCUCCUGCAGGAUUUAGAAUAA